GCCGCCCCAGCGCGCGCUGAGCCGCGCGAGGAGCCUCCGUGAGCCCCGCGGCGCGCAGGGCAGCGGCGCCAGUUGCCACGCGGGGAAGUUUGAUGGCUUCUUUGAGGCGAGUCAAAGUGCUGCUGGUGCUGAACCUGAUCGCGGUGGCUGGCUUUGUGCUCUUUCUGGCCAAGUGCAGACCCAUCGCGGUCAAGAGCGGCGACUCCUUCCGGGAGGUUCACCCCAGGGCUGAAGUGGCCAACUUGACCGCCCGUGGCAUCAACUCCAUCCAGGAUGCGGUGCUGAAGAGACUCUCCCUCCUGGAAGAUAUAGUCUACAGGCAGCUAAAUGGUUUGUCUAAGUCACUUGGUCUCAUUGAAGGCUAUGGUGGACGUGGCAAAGGUGGUCUUCCAGCCACCCUAUCCCCUGAGGAGGAAGAAAGAGCUAAGGGACCUCACGAGAAAUAUGGCUACAACUCCUACCUCAGUGAGAAAAUUUCACUGGAUCGUUCCAUCCCAGAUUAUCGUCCAACCAAGUGCAAAGAGCUGAAAUACGCCAAGGACCUACCCCAGAUCUCCAUUAUCUUCAUCUUUGUGAAUGAGGCGCUGUCAGUUAUUCUGCGAUCAGUGCACAGCGCUGUGAAUCACACGCCGGCGCACCUCCUGAAGGAGAUUAUCCUUGUGGACGACAACAGCGAUGAAGAUGAACUGAAGGCGCCCCUGGAAGAGUAUGUCAAUAAACGAUACCCAGGACUUGUGAAGGUGGUACGCAACCAGAAGAGGGAAGGCCUUAUCCGAGCUCGUAUUGAAGGGUGGAAAGCUGCCACUGGCCAGAUCACUGGAUUCUUUGAUGCCCACGUGGAGUUCACUGCUGGCUGGGCUGAGCCAGUACUUUCGCGAAUUCAGGAGAAUCGGCGGAGGGUAAUUCUUCCCUCAAUAGACAACAUCAAGCAGGACAACUUUGAGGUUCAGCGUUACGAGAACUCUGCCCACGGGUACAGCUGGGAGCUGUGGUGCAUGUACAUCAGCCCGCCCAAGGACUGGUGGGAUGCUGGAGACCCCUCGCUGCCCAUCAGGACGCCAGCGAUGAUCGGUUGCUCCUUUGUUGUGCACAGGAAGUUCUUUGGAGAGAUAGGUCUUCUCGAUCCUGGGAUGGACGUGUACGGAGGAGAGAACAUAGAGCUGGGUAUCAAGGUGUGGCUGUGCGGUGGUAGCAUGGAGGUCCUACCGUGUUCGAGAGUGGCUCACAUCGAACGCAAGAAAAAGCCCUACAACAACAACAUUGGUUUCUACACCAAGCGCAACGCCCUGCGAGUUGCUGAGGUGUGGAUGGACGAUUACAAAUCCCACGUCUACAUUGCGUGGAACCUGCCACUGGAGAAUCCAGGUAUUGACAUUGGGGAUGUCUCUGAGAGAAAAGCAUUAAGGAAGAGCUUAAAGUGUAAAAAUUUCCAGUGGUAUCUGGACCAUGUUUAUCCAGAAAUGAGAAGAUACAACAACACCAUUGCUUAUGGCGAGCUUCGAAACAACAAGGCGAAAGACGUGUGUCUUGACCAGGGCCCCCAAGAGAACCACACAGCGAUACUGUAUCCAUGCCACGGCUGGGGACCUCAGCUUGCACGCUACACCAAGGAGGGGUUCCUUCAUCUCGGUGCCCUCGGGACCACGACUCUUCUACCCGAUACUCGCUGUCUGGUGGAUAACAUGAAAAGUCGUUUCCCUCAGCUCCUUGAUUGUGAAAAGGUCAAGAGCAGCCUCCAUAAGCGCUGGAAUUUCAUACAGAACGGUGCCAUCUUGAACAAGGGAACAGGACGCUGCUUGGAAGUGGAGAACAGAGGAAUGGCCGGCAUUGACCUGAUUCUUCGCAGCUGCACAGGACAAAGGUGGACGAUUAAAAAUUUCAUCAAGUAAAGGGAGGAAGAGUCAAAAGAGUUUCAGUUGAAACACAGCAGACUUGGACUGAUGAGACUGGACUCCUUUGGAAAGGAAGAAGUAUCAAAACAGAGCUUUAUUCAUGUUAUUAGGAGAGGACAUGGGGAAAAUGGGCAUUUGUGUCUUUUUAUUUUAUUGUAUAUUAGUCUCCCACAGCUGAUUCCGACUGAGUGAAAUUGGGUCAGAACUGCUAUUUUCUUCUAGCAAGCACUCUAAAAGGUAUCAGUUAUUUCUGCUGGAAUGACUGUAAUAAGCUCAUGCAGUCUUGUGAUUGUUUCACUGACAAGGAAUUGUUGCGUUCCCAGAUAAUUUUGCGUUCUUAUAAAGGGCCAGGUAGGUUUACACGGUGGUCAGGGUAACAAACCUUGGAUAUACCUGCCUGGCAAAAGUGAGAACACUUGUGUGUUUGUGCAAGGAAAGGAUCGCCAAGCCCCAAAUGAGUUGCAUUCAAAUGACUUGGUGUUCUACUAGGUCUUCUCUCUUUUCCCUCUCCCACCACUGCUUCCACCAGCCCCUUUCUUGACUCUUGAAGAGGCCUGCUUCAAAGCAAGGCUCUCAGAGAACCCCCUGUAGCUCCCAUGGGACUUUCCCACCCUCGGUCACAGACAUCAUUACACAAAAUCAUACAGAAUAAAAAUACUGAUCUUGUAUUGUCCCUUCCCUAACACAUGUGCUGCUUUUGGCCAAGCCAGUCCCAACAGCAUGUUUCCCUCUCCUGCAUGGAUUGUCCUGAACAGGUUCCCCUUGGAAAAAACCGUGGAUGUUUUCCCACAGGCUGCUGCCCUCUGGCUCAGGCUGUGGUUGACUGCCCAUUUUGGAAUCGAUCCGCCACACUCCUGCUGAGGAGGGCUAGCACGAUGCUUCCUGCCCCACUGGUGACCCGGCAGUUGGACAGCAAGAUGUUGCCCAUCUGGGAGCAUGGUGAGCUGCAGAUCUGCCUUGCUCUCCCAGCUGAGCAGCUGGCCUAGGAAUGGCCCUUUGGUGACCUACCUUUGUGCUUUUGUUGCUCUUUUCUUCUGAAAGUGAGGAUGGAUUUGUUAGUGUGUGGAACAUGCUGAGGAGAGGUAACACGAGAGAAAGUCCUGCUCAGGCUUCCCUCCCAUGGAGGCUAUAGGAUUUGUUUUCAAAGAAUCCUUGCUCUGAAAGAAGAAAAUAAUAAAUAGUCUCCUUGCCUUUGUAGUGAUGUAAUUCUCCUGCUGAGGCCUGAGCACACCUAUCUUGCCUGGUCAGUGUAUGGCUGUGGUCAAGGCCCACUCAAAGCAGUGUGUGUUUCCGCAGUCUUUCCUGAGUGAUGGAGAAGUAAGGGAAGGGAGAGAGAGGUAAAGAGACCAAUAAAUAGCAGCGUGGCAGAAAUUCUUGAUCUUGCAGUCCCUUGAGGCUUAAUAAUACAUCACCACAGUGGUGACAGUCUCACUUGCUUUUUCCGGCCCACGAGAAUCUUGGCUACCAAACCUCCCCAGCCAUCAUGGGAGACUGUUGGUUUGGGGUCCUGGUAUCUGGCUGACUGAGAAAGGGAAACGUGGUCAUGCAAGUCGGUGUUUUACAUGGAUGCUAGACUAGUCCACAGCAGGCUUUGUUCUCUGGAGAGGAGAAGCUAGCCCAUCUCCUGUCCUUCUCAUGGAAUAAUACUUUUUCUGGUUGCCCUCUGGCUAGGGUUCACUAAAAUAUGUUAAUAUAUGAGAUGUAUGUGUAAAUAUGUUUCCCAAAGACGGGAUGUGCACAGAGUUGUUUGCUGCAGAGCACUCAUGCCUGUCUUCCAUUUGCAUCAGGAUGAAGCUACCUUGAUGUUAAAUGAGUUUAAUUUUCAGUGCCAUGCAGCAGAUUUAUAACUGAUGUUUUAGUAAUUUAUUGAACAGAAGCAGAUUUAUUUCAUUGUUCCUUCUACGGCCAUGAGCAUCACAUAGGACUGAUUGUUCACUUAUGCUUGACAAGACUUCCUCAUCCAUUGGGGUGGUCUCAGAUUUUUUUUCUCUUGCCUUUCUUAAUGAAGUAAAACUUCUUAGUUGUCCUGAAUUGCAAAGUAGGGAGUCAAUGUAGAGUUUUGCUCUCUUACUCGCUGUUGCAUCAUCUCUUGUGUAAUAAAUUUUAGCACUUAAAAAAACCAACAUGAUCACAAUGUCUUUAGAUGCAUGAUGUAUUUCCCCUUGCAUAUGUUGCUGCCUUUUAAGAAAAGCAAUUUACUGAUGAAGUGGGCUCCAGGAAGAUGUAGGGGAUUUGUGACUUAACAGUUAAUGGUCCAAAUAGUAAAAUGCCCUGUAGUUGAGUAAUGAAUUUGCUGUCAAUCAUCAGUGGAGUCACAUACUGUUUAGUGCUGGGAAAAAAAAGCCCAAACGUUUUAGGAUAAACAACCAAGAAGCCCUUGGAUGCUGCCUUAGAUAUAAUUUAAGAUUCCAAGUUGAGCGCUACUCCUGCCAGUGCUCAGGGCUCCAACAGAUGGGUUUUGUCAGAUUUAAUUGUGAUGGUGUAAGGUGUUACUGCCCCCAGCCUUCCAUCUGGUUCAUCUGCUGGAGGUUUCUGUCCCAUCACAGUCAGCAGAGAUGAAUGUGCAGCUGCACCUCCACUACCGUAAUUCACGGUACACACUUCAGCCACCCGGAAAGAGGGAUUUGCUCUAUUUAACACGCUGGAUUGUCAGCUGAAGUCACUUAGGAAGGGCCACAUGGCUCUGCUAUGGCAUCCAUAGCCGCUGGCAGAAGUUGGGGUGGACUGCCUUGCCAGAGAGCAUCUUCACAUGCUCCAUGGGAUCAGUGUUGCCUGUCGGAGGUGACGUUUUACUUGCAUUUGUGAGCUUGCCUGCAGGUGGCGGGGGAGACACAUAUGAGCUGGUGACAGGAAUCCUAUUGGUGACGGGCUCUUUAAGUCUUUAAAAAAUGUGUAAGGUUCAGAGAGGCGUUCACAAUCCUUGAAGAAAGUAAAAGUCUGAGCACCUAAGUGGAAGGGGACAAUGGAAAUGAACAGUUUUGUUCCAGGACCCUCAGGUGGUGCAGAAACUCUUUUGAGGUGGUUUGUCCAUUCUCGCUGGCAUACAUAGAAGGCUUUAAAAUGACUGAAGAGAAGCAGUGCUAAUGAAAUCAGGAUUAAAAGCCAGAAUUUUAUCUGCCGUGUCCAUGUAACUGAAGUUCUGUUCUUACAUUAGACUGUGGCAUGCAGAGAUGAUUGCUGAGGCCAAGACUUGAGAGCCGUACCCUCCUAAGCCUUAGAAAUCUCUCUUAGGAAUCUGGAUCUAAAUGUUGCAUCUUGCGCUUAUCUCUAAAAAUAUGUUAAUUGCUUUAAAAAGUGGUAUCAAAGUGGUUCUUAUUAAAUAUAUGAUUUGA